UAUCGGUCGUAAAUUAAAACAUCGUAUGAGUUUUCAAGUUUUUUUUUUUUAAAUUAAUAUAUUACUAAAUAUAUAUUUAAUUAAGGGUUUAAUCAAGAUUUAAUGUUUGAUAAAGUUAAUGUUAGAUAUUAAAUUAUAAUCUUGAGUAAAUUUUUAGAAUAUAUAAAUUUAAAAGCAGUUAAUAUUAUAUUAUUUACUGUCAUUGCCAUCAGUUUAUAUUAAUCACUGAGUUGACUACGUGAAAGGUGUACGGCCUCCUGAUUGUACUUGUAUUAAGUAGAAGAAAUUUUAAAAUACUAAUUAGCUUUGCUACAUCAUUGACUACUACUUAGUGUGUUGAGUGUUACAAGUUUUAGUAUACAUAAAAAAUUGUGCUAUUAUAAAUACUAAUACAAUAACAUAUCAUUUUAUAAUUCACCUUAAUAAGUUAUAUUUUAAACAAAUUUUAAAAUUGAGAACAUUGAGGAUAAGAAUAAUUAAUCAAUUGCAAUUAAGUGGUAAGAACAAAAUUAAAUCGGACAAAGUAAUUAAAUUUCGUAAGAACAACAACAAUCACAAGCUCGUGAUUAUUCAAGAUCAGAGAAAUCUUUGACUUAUUGACAUUCAUGCCCUAUACUUAAUAAUUUAUUUCACUAAAAAUAUCAUAGUGCAGUUUUCAAACGUCUCUUGUGGAAUAAGCUGUGUAACAGUACGUAUUGGACAACUAUUUGGAGUUGAUUAAUUCUUAUCAUCGACGUGUGGUGUAUUUUUCCUACAAUAUCAGUGAUUUAUUUUAUUUUUCGAGUUGUCAAGACGAGAUAAAAAUAAAUUUACUUUCACUUUAAUUAUAACUUUUAAAUAAAUCAAUAUGGAGACUUGUCGAUUAUUUGACAAUAAAAUUAAAUAUGACGGUGAUAAAUGUGAUGAGAUGACAAAUAAUUUAGAACUUAUUAUUCGACGUCCAGUUUACCAACAAGAAGAUCUUGAUCGUUAUUAUGAUUACACUGAACCAGAUAAAUCUAUAAGACAAUCAGUAAUAAAUAAAUACAAAAAUUUUGAAAUAAAUUCAUGGUUGAAAAAAUCAAUUCCAAUAUUUCAUUGGCUACCAAAUUAUCAAUGGAAAAAAGACAUUCUCGGUGAUAUUGCAGCUGGAUUUACUGUUGCAGUUAUGCAUAUACCUCAAGGAAUGGCUUAUGCAAUGUUAGGAAAUGUUCCACCGGUUGUUGGAAUAUACAUGGCAUUUUUUCCAGUUUUAGUUUAUAUGAUUUUUGGAACAUCACGACAUAAUUCAAUGGGAACAUUUGCCGUUAUUUGUAUGAUGACAGGAAAAGUUGUUUUAACUUACAGUAAUAUCAAUCAACAACAAAAUCAAACAAAUAAUUCAUCAUUAUCAAUAGAUACUUUACAAAAAACAGACAAUCCACAGUAUUCACCAUUAGAAGUAGCAACAGUUGUUACAUUUGGAGUUUCUAUAAUUCAGUUAACAAUGUAUAUAUUACGCCUUGGAUUGAUAUCAUCAUUGCUAUCAGACGCCCUUGUUAGUGGAUUUACUACUGGUGCUGCUGUCCAUGUAUUUACAUCCCAAAUAAAAGAUCUUUUAGGACUUGAACUGAUAAAACGUCGUGGUAUUCUUAAAGUUGUUUACACAUAUUAUGAUGUUUUUAAUUCUAUUGAUAAUAUAAAUAUUACCGCUACAAUAAUAUCUGGAGUUACAAUUCUAGCAAUUAUAUUUAAUAAUGAAGUAUUAAAACCGCGUGUUAAUAAACGGUGUGGAUUUCCAAUACCUAUUGAAAUGAUGGCUGUCGUUAUAGGAACAGUAGUGUCUAUUAAAAUGAACCUUAAUAAUAGUUACAAUGUUAUUACCGUAGGGCAUAUUCCUGUUGGUCUUCCAGUACCGUCAGUACCACAAAUAUCACUAUUACCAUCGAUAAUAAUUGACUGUUUCGUGAUAACAAUGGUAUCAUAUUCUAUAUCAAUGUCUAUGGCAUUAAUAUUUGCUCAAAAAAUGAAUUACGAAGUAGACGCUAAUCAAGAAUUAAUGGCACAAGGUUUUGGAAAUCUUGUUGGAUCAUUUUUUUCUUGUAUGCCAUUUACUGCCUCACUAUCACGUUCUCUAGUCCAGACUGCUGUUGGUGGAAAAACUCAACUAGCUAGUUUAAUAUCCUGUUUUUUAUUGUUAUUUGUUUUACUUUGGAUUGGUCCACUUUUAGAACCUUUACCCAAGUGUGUAUUGGCGAGUAUUAUCGUUGUUGCAUUAAAAGGUAUGUUUUUACAAGCUAAAGAUUUGAUUAAAUUUUUUAAACUCUCAACGAGUGAUGGAAUUGUAUGGAUUGUUACAUUUUUAAUUGUUAUUAUAUUGGAUAUUGAGUAUGGUUUACUUGUUGGUGCUGUUCUUUGUCUUGUUAAAUUAAUAAUCCUCUCAACUAAACCGUAUACCUGUAAAUUGGCUGUUGUACCGGGAACUGAACUUUAUUUGGACACUAAUAGAUAUCACAAAACGGUUGAAAUUCCUGGUAUUCAAAUAUUUCAUUAUUCUGGUGGUCUUAAUUUUGCGACAAAAUUAUACUUUAGAAAGCAAGUUUACGAAGCUGCUAAAAUAAAUCCAGUUGAAAAAUUUACCGACCGUCAUAAUAAAUCUGAGAAUAAGGAAAUAAUAUCUGAUGAAAGCAAAAGGCUACGAGUAUUUAUAAUAGAUUUUUCAGCGCUUAUUAAUAUUGAUUCAGCCGGUGUAGCAACAGUCCGUGGUAUAAUUGAAGAUUUUAUAAAGAUUGGAGUUUCGAUUUAUCUAGCUGGUUCCUCAGGACCUGUUUUCGAAACUAUUAGAAAAUUUAAUACAGUUGAAAAAACCAGUAAUAUAUUUAUGAUAUUUCCAACAGUAAAUGAUGCUGUUAAUUAUGCACGUAAUGAAAAUAUUAAUAUUCCAUCAUUAUUACCAACGCGGACAACGUAUCAGCAAAUUUAUGAUCAAGACACUAGUAUAAGUCAAUUGUAAAUCAUAAAAAAUAUAUCAACAAUAUUGUUAUAUU